AUGGCAGCGCCUUCUCCAGCGCUUGCUGGCCUACCGUUUCCAGACCUCAAUGGACCAGAGUUUCAGCAAGGUCUCAGAGUUAUCGUUGACCCGGGUGAGGCUACGCAAGUUGAUGUUGUUGCUGUUCAUGGCCUGAACCCGACGAACUCUGCCUCACAUGCCCUCUCCACCUGGACGAAAGAUGACAAGCUAUGGUUACGAGACAUGUUGCCGAACGAGGCGCAGACCGCACGGGUGAUGCUGUUUGCAUACAAUGCCAAUGUGACGUUCGACUCUUCGACGGCAGGCAUCUUGGAGCAGGCGAACAACCUGCUCAAUAGACUACGAAUGAAGAGAAGGGGAGAAGAAGCAGAAAGGCGACCUCUUAUAUUUAUUGCACACAGUCUGGGCGGACUCGUGGUAAAGCAUGCCAUCGUGACGGCCGCGAACGUGAAUCGCUACAAGCCAAUCCAUAGGGCAACUUACGGUCUCGUCUUCUUCGGCACACCACAUCAAGGCUCGGCAAAUGCAACUUCUCUCGGCAAGCUCGCUGCCAAUAUCAUGCGUGCGGUGUACCAUGAACCUAAGAAUUCGUUCAUGGACUCAUUGGAAAAAGACUCAUCCUUCAGCCAGAGCCUUUCGAAUGAGUUUCGAAGCUUCGCGGAGAACUACAGGAUCAUCAGCUUUUAUGAGACAAAACCCAUGCACGGCAUCGGCAUUGUUGUCGAUCAGACUUCCGCAAGUCUAAGUCUUGGAGCCAACAGGGAGUGGCCCAUUGCGCUCAAUCGUGAUCAUACUUCGCUGUGCAGAUUCAAUGGUUCGGAUGACCAGGAUGAUUACGAGCAAGUCGAGGGUAAUGUUUGCGAGAUGAUUGAGGAGGCAAUCAAGCACUCUGGAUCCGUUGCAGGUUUAGGUAUCACAUCGUCUCCACCACCGGCUGCAACAUACAGUCCACCACUUGCGGCCACUACAGCCUACAGCCCGCCACUAUCCGGUGCUACUGCCUUCACUCCACCAAUGCCGCAUACUACGCCUUACACUCCACCACUACCGCAUACCACUUCAAGUCCAGAUAUCAAGGGUGCAAACACAUACCCAGGUUUGACCAAUCAGCUUCCUCCUCCUGCCCGCAAUGACUCCUACCAAGGUAGUAUCCGUUCAGAGCCCGCCAUAGACAGCCGCUCAAUCGUCGAGUCAAUAAACCAGUCGACCAUGUCCCUGGCCCUGUCCGACGCCUCCUCGGAACAAUACCCAAAUGGAGCAAACGACAGCAAUAAACGGAACAGCACCUCAACAGUAACGACCGAAUACAGCACCCUGGACAAACAACGCACCAACAGCGGAACCAAUUCCUCGGGACGCCGUCAAGUCCAAUCACCCUCCUUGUUCUCGUCCAUCUCUAUGAAUAUGUCGGAUGGUGAAGGCACAGCCUUCCGUCUCGCCGCAGCCGAAGGAGACUACGCCCGGGUAAAAUUCAUGCUAGAGAAGGGCGUCGGGAUCGACAACUCCGGCGUCUGGGACGGCUACACCGCUCUCGCGGACGCAGCCCUACAUGGCCAAGAAGAAGUCAUCGAGUUGCUCCUCGAGAAAGGCGCGAACCCGGCAUUCCAUUGUAUCAGUUCGAAGAAGAGGUAUGGAAGCAAAGAGAACACUCCGCUGAGUUUGGCGGCGGCGAAAAAUCAUAUCGGGAGUAUGAAGAUUUUGUUGCAGCAUCAUGUUUAUGCUCCUUCUGAGAUCGAGAGGGCCAGGGCGGCGGCGAAGGAUAGGAAUCGCUUGGAUGCGCAGAGGUUGCUUAACGACCCGAGUUCGUGGCACUUAUGA